AUGAAUGUAAUCAUUCUAACUCCAUUUAUUCAAUAUUCAUAUCCAAGAUUAUUAUAUUUGUGUUCAGAUGUAUUUGUGUUUACAUUUGAUAGCAAUGCAGGAAAUAGAGCUGAUGUUUAUGAUAGAUUAGUCCAAUAUUCUCGGAUUGCAGCUGAUAGUACCAAUAAUCCAUGCAGUCCACAUUUAAUCAUCUUAUUUAAUAAUUCCUCUAAAAAAGAACAAUAUGAUGAUAUGGCAUUCGCAAAGAAUGAAUAUUUCAAAGAUCAACAUUCACAUUUAAUCGACUUACAAUUACGUUUUCAAUCAGUAUCAAUAAUUUUCUUACCUAAUUUUAAUGAAAAAUCAUAUAAUACCUUCCAUAGAUAUCAAAGACAAUUUAAAAAAUUGGAAGAAACGAUUAGUGAAAAAGUAUUGGAAUCUUUAAAAUACAAAGAAAGCAGAAGUCCAAAAAUUUCUGUUGAAAAAUCAAGAUCAAUGCAAAAAAUUUCAAGUUUAGCUAGUUUCUUUAGUUCUAAUCCAGAUGGUUCCCCUGAUUUAGUUAAAUUAAAUUGUACUGGUAUAAUAAAAAAUCUUGAUGAAAUUUCACUUAAUGAUUAUCAAGCUCAACUACAAAAACCUUUACCAAGUACACAUAAAUUAAAACCAAUUUAUAAUAAAACUGUUCCAUCAACGUCCAUCUCUAAUAAUAAUAAUAAUAAUAAUAAUAAUAAUAAUAAUAAUAAUAAUAAUAAUAAUAAUAAUAAUAAUAAUAAUAAUAAUAAUAAUAAUAAUAAUAAUAAUAAUAAUAAUAAUAAUAAUAAUAAUAAUAAAAGUAAUAAUAAUAAUAAUAAAAGUAAUAAUAAUAAAACAAUCCCAUCAAUGCCCAUCUCUUGUAAUAAUAAUAAUAAUCAUAAUAAUCAUAAUAAUAGUAAUAAUAAUAAUAAUAAUAAUAAUAAUAAUAAUAAUAAUAAUAAUAAUAAUAAUAAUAAUAAUAAUAAUAAUAAUAAUAAUAAUAAUAGUAAUAAUAAUAAUAAUAGCAAUAAUAGUAAUAGCUCUAGAGUUGUUAAUAAAUCACAUCACUCAACACCAAUUCCGUCAUCAUCAAUUAAAAGUCUUCAUACUAUUUUUAAUUCACCACCACCUUCGCAUACUUCAAAACCCGUUGAAUUAGAAUCAAAUUUAGUUAGAGAUAGGGUCAGAACAUUUUCAGUGGGAAAUUUGAAACCUUUAAAUGAAAAUAACAGACAACCACAAACUGGAUUGUCUCCUAUCAAUAGAGAUAAAUUUACAAAUUCAAAAAAUAAUUCGGACAAUAAUUUAAAUAAUAAUAAUUAUAAUAAUAAUAAUAAUAAUAAUAAUUAUAAUAAUAAUAAUAAUAAUAAUAUUAUUAAUAAUAAAAAUAAUUGUAAUGAUAAUAAUUAUUAUAAUAAUAAUAAUAUUAUUAGUAAUAUUAAUAAUAGUAAUGAUAAAAUUAUUAAUAAUAAUGAUAAUAGUUACAUUGAUAAAUCACAACUUGAAGAAAGACCAAUAGCAGAUGAGCUUUUUCAAAUUCAAUCAUUUUUACGUCCAGACAUUGAUGAUACUGUUCCACAAGACCAUUAUAAUAAAUAUAAUAAUGAAAAUUUACAAAAAGGACAGGUUAUUGAAUUAUCACCAUCACAAUCAUAUCAAUCAUUACAAUCGCCACUACCACCAUCACAGCAUAGACAAAUUAGUGAAUUAACAACAUCACCAAAUAGUUCAUCAACAACUCCAUCAUCAUCAACACUAUCAACACCAUCACCAUCUCCAUCACAAUCAUAUCAUUCAUUAGAAUUGCCACCAUCGCCAUCACCAUUACAACCACCAUCACCACAACCAUCAAAAUUAUCAAAUAGUUCAUCAACAACUCCAUCACAAUCACCAUUAAAAAGAUCACAAUCAUCACCAUUAAACACAUCUGUCAUAAAACUUGAUAAUAAUUUAAGUGAUUUACAUCUUUGUAAAUAUGCACAGUAUUUAUUAGAAUUCUUUUUAAUAAAUUAUAAUUAUUUAGUAGAGAAUAAACCAUCAUCAUCAUCAUUAUCAAAAUGUUAUUCUGAUAGUUUAGAAAUCUUGAAAAUAAAGUUACCAAACGUUUAUUCAAUUUUUAAGGAAACAAAUAAUAUUAAUUCAGAGUUUUCAAAAAAAUUGCAUCCAUCUUUUAAAAAGACUUUAGAUUUAGUUUCAAAAGAAAUAUUUAAGAUGGUACCAUGUAGUUCAAAGAAUGCAAAAGGUCAUUCUUGUACGAAUUAUAGAGAAACUCAUAGAAACCAUCAAUCAAAUGAAACUUAUAAAUUAUCAAAUGGUGGUUUGUUAGGAUUUUUUAAAACCGACACAUUCGUAAGGUAUAUGUGGGAUGGUGAAUUUGUGCCAUCAUUAGAAUACUUUGAUUUAUCGGUAUUUUUAAGUAAUCGUCUUACUAGUAUACCUAGAAUUCUACCAUACAAUAUACAAGGUUCAACAACAAAUCAAGGUGUUUGUUUUGGUUGUUGUUUGAAUUCGCCAUAUAUACCAUAUACAUGUGGUCAUUUAUUAUGUUUAAAUUGUUCACUUGGUAGAUUUAUUGACCCAACCCAAAAUACAUCGGACGAAGGUUGUAGAGUAAGGGGAUGUAAUGGAAAACUUUCUUGUAAGACCAAAGAAAUCGAUAAAAUACAAACAAUGGGUGUAAGAAUAUUAUCAUUAGAUGGUGGUGGUGUAAGAGGUAUUUUACAUUGUGAUGCAUUGGAACAAAUUCAAAAACAACUAUUUGACAUUCCAAUCAUUUCUUUAUUCGAUUUAAUCGUUGGUACAUCAGCAGGAGGAUUGGUUGCAUUGGCAUUGGCAUCAACUCCAAAGACUCCUGUACAAUUAAGUACAGCAAUGGAAAGUUUAUCAAAAAGUGCAUUUGUAAAACAUCCAUUCAAUUUCAUAACUUACCCAUUAAUAAAACCAAAAUAUAGAAGAGAUAAACUAAGAGAAUCAUUCAAAACUAUAUUCCCAUCUGAUGAAAAAUUAAAAAAUUCAUUCUCAAAAAUUAGAGUUGCAGUUACAUCAGUAACUCAAGAAUCUGGUAAUUUAGAGGAAUGUUUAUUUUUAAAUUACCAAAAAAAGACUAACCCAACAAGAUGUUCAGAACAAAGGAAAUUCAUUACCAAUUCAAAUGUAAUUGAUGCAGCAGAGGCAACAUCAGCAGCACCAACUUUUUUCUCAAAAUUUGAAUUUAAUAAUCGUCAAUUUCAAGAUGGCGGUUUAAAGAAUAAUAAUCCAUGUAAAGUUGCAAUGAAAGAGUGUAAAGAUAUGUGGCCUGAUAGAAAUAUUGAUAUUUUGGCUUCACUUGGUACUGGUAAUUUCCCAUCACCAGAAGCAGAUUUAAAUAAUAUAUUUAGAUUUGGUCAAAAGAUUAUUAAUCUUUUAACAGAAUGUGAAAAUUCUUGGAGAGAAGUUCAUGAAAUUUAUGAUUUAAUUAAAGAAGGUAGAAAUUCAUUUAGACACAAUCCAAGUUUCCAAAAUUCAAUUGGUUUAGAUGCAGUAGAUGAUAUUACAAUGAAUAUUUUAAAACAACAAUCUGAAAAAACUAAUAAUGAUCCAAUUAUACAUUCAAUCAUAAAGAAAUGUUUAUCAUCAUUAUUUUACAUUGACGAUUUGGUCUUAAAUCAAUCUACCAAUCAAUUAACUGGUAAUAUAAAAUGUAGGCUUGAUAAAAUUCCAAUUGAAAUUAUUAAUCAAUUAAAAAAUUCACCAUCAUCAUCAGCAUUUAUUUUAAAUAAUAAUCACUCAAAUGUUGAAAAACAAUUUAAAUAUUCAACUCCUUCACCUUUGCCAUCAAAUCAAGAUUUCUCAAUUCCAUUCGUAAUUAAUAGUCCACCAGAUACUAUUGAUAUCUUAUGUACUUUAGUACCAUUAAAUGAAAUUAAAAAUGAAACUUCAAUUUCUGGUACUCCCUUUUCAAUAAAGAAUGGUAUAAAUAAUUUAUUCAUACUUUUGGAGGAUUAA